GGUCUCCACGUCAUCUGCCAGAAAGGCCACCUGGGCCAGCACCUCCUGAGACCGGCCUUCAAAGACACGAUGCAUGCUGCUCUGCCGUCCGGAGCACUUAAUGCCUAGAGCCACCAGGGUCACAGUGGCCGCGUCACUGCCUCUGAGCCACGCGGUCAUUCCAACUCAACUGCCCUCGCAUCCUGGCCACAGGCCCCCUGGGAGGCCCAGGAGAUGCCCAAAGGCCUCAUGCCUGCCGUCUCCACUGGGACCUAGCAGCACACAGCCAGCAAAGUGGGUGACCAUGGGGUGGCCACGGCCAGGCCGAGCCAUGGUGGCAAUCAAAGCCUUGCUGGUCUUGUCGGUGCUCCAGGUGCCCGCGCAGGCGGUGGUACGGGCCACGCUGGAAGACAACUCGAGUUCGGUGGACUUCGCGGAUCUGCCGGCGCUGUUCGGCGUCCCCCUGGCCCCCGAGGGCAUACGGGGCUACCUGAUGGAGGUCAAGCCAGCCAACGCAUGCCAUCCCAUCGAGGCCCCGCGACUGGGCAACCGCUCUCUGGGCGCCAUCGCGCUGAUCCGCCGCUACGACUGCGCUUUCGACCUCAAGGUGUUGAACGCCCAGCGCGCCGGCUUCGAAGCAGCCAUCGUGCACAACGUCCACUCCAACGACCUCGUGAGCAUGACCCACGUCUACGAGGACCAGAGGGGCCAGAUCGCCAUCCCCUCGGUGUUCGUGGGUGAGGCCGCCUCGCAGGACCUGCGGGUCAUGGGCUGCGACAAGUCGGCCCACGUGCUGCUCCUGCCCGACGACCCGCCAUGCCACGACCUGGACUGUCACCUCGUGCUGACCGUGUCCUGGGCGCUGGGCUGUACCCUGGUCCUGGUCGGAUCAGCCUUCUUCGUCCUGAACCGCCUGUGGCUCUGGGCCCAGGCCUGCUGCAGCCGCAAACGGCCGGUGAAGACGUCUACCAGCCAGAAGGCCCAGGUCCGCAUGUUCACGCGGCGCAACGACCUGUGUGCCAUCUGCCUGGACGAGUACGAGGAGGGCGACCAACUCAAGAUCCUGCCCUGCUCCCACACCUACCACUGCAAAUGCAUUGACCCCUGGUUCUCCCAAGCCCCCCGGCGCUCCUGCCCCGUGUGCAAACAGUCAGUAGCCGGCACAGAAGAUGGCUUUGACUCCACCACCGACAGCUUCAGGGACGAGGACCCCUCCCUACCGGGCCACCGGCCCCCCAUCUGGGCCAUUCAAGCCCGACUACGCUCCCGGAGGCUGGAGUUGCUGGGCCGCGCCAGUCCCUACUGCCGCUGCAGCACCACAUCCCUGGAGGCAGAGGAUACCACUGUCUCCCCAGCCCCUCCUGAGGCCCCUGGUUGGUAAAGAUCUAGGGCGUGGAGGGGACGCAAUGAGGAAUGUUUCUGCCCUGAAAAGAAUAAAGUGGGUUUGAAAGUGGA